CCCUAUCGCGGCGUGACGUGGCGGGAUUAUGGCCGGACACUCUCCUCACGAGGGCAAAGGCGACACGCGAUCGAUCGGUCAAUCUGGGGCGCUGAUGCCAGCGCCGCGAGCUCCAUCCAAAUCUCUCCUUCAAGCUCGCCAUGGAUGAUUAGGGCAAUGCGAUGGCGCUAGCGCUUUCCGCGAGCUCGGCGGCAUCGGUUCUACAUCCUCGCGAGCUAUCCGGCCACCGCUCAAGCUUCUGGAUCGCUGUGAGGUACACUAGAAUUGCGAGCAGAUUGGUCGCUCGGUGCAGCCGCGAUGAAUCGUGCCAGGGUGAUGGAGGGGGAUUCCAGUUCCAGCCGACAAGGAGGAUUCUACUGGGGGCCUCGCUUCUCUUGCCGCUGACCUUGCAAAACCAGGGAGCUGGAGCUGUGGAGAAUGCUCCGGCUGGAACCAGCGGGAAGGAGAAGAGGAAGCUCUGGUCUCUGGGGGAGGAAGACAAAGCUGCCGAGUCUCGAGUUUACGACUCCUUGGUGCUGGGAGAGCCUGUAGCGAUUGCGAGCAACCGCGAUCGAGUAUGGCAGAAGCUCCUGGCUUCUCGGGUGGUGUACCUUGGCGAGGCGGAGCGUGUGCCGGAUCCCGACGAUAAGGUGCUGGAGCUGGAAGUCGUGAGAGCUUUGCGAGACAGAUGUUUCGAGCAGCAGAGACCUGUUACUCUAGCGAUCGAAGCGUUUCCAUGCCUUCUUCAAGGAUCGCUCAAUCAGUUCAUGAACAAAAGCUCCGACAGUGCUGAUCUCAAGGCUCAAGUACUCGACUGGCCCGAGGGACGCUGGGAGCAAUACCAGCCACUCUUGGAGUACUGCCGAGACAAUGGAGUGAGACUCAUGGCAUGCGGUGCUCCACCGGAAGUUCUUCGCACUGUUCAAACCAAAGGCAUACAGGGACUGAGCGUUGGCGACCGCAAGCGAUACAGUCCGCCGAUCAAACGCGGUUCGGCACUCUCGUACGAGAUUUUUCAGCAGUCUUUGCAGCCGGAUGUUCUCGCAAAUGCAUCGGUUCCUUUCGGCCCAGGACCUUACCGGUUUGCUCAAGCUCGGAUUGUCCAGGAUCACACAAUGGCUCAAGUUGUUCGUCAGGCACUCGUGGACUCGGGCACGGUUGGUCUAGUGGUUGUCAUAACCGGCGCUUCGCACGUCCAGUAUGGAGCUAAGGGAUCGGGCUUGCCGUCAAGGAUUGCACCAAUCCUGCCGAAGAAGACACAGGCUGUGAUCUUGCUGAAUCCCGAGAGGCAGCACAUUCGCAAAGAAGGAGAGCUGCCACAGGCCGACUUUUUGUGGUACUCAGCGGCAAAAGUUUGUGUCAGGAACUGCUUUGAUCGUGCUGAAGUUGCUCGCGUGAUGAGUGCCGCCGGCAGGAGGCGCGAAGCAUUGCCGCAGGAUUUACAAGCAGGACUAGAGAGAGGAGUGAUAUCACCAGAGCUUCUCCAGAGUUUUCUCGAUCUGGACAAGCACCCGGUUCUAGCAGAACUCACAAAGAGGUUCCAGGGUUUGAGGGAAAGAUUGCUUGCCGAUCCACGAUUUCUUCACAGGCUAGCGAUCGAGGAAUCCAUCUCGAUCACCACCACACUCAUAGCACAGUACGAGCGCAGGAAAGACAGGUUUUGGAAAGAGCUGGACUACGUUAUCACCGACACGGUGAGGGGAUCGGUCGUCGACUUCUUCACGGUCUGGCUCCCAGCUCCGAGGCUGGCGUUUCGAGUUUUCAACGAUGAAUCGGCCGUCGGUGGCCUAGAGGGAUUUCUAGGAUCAAUCCCAGACAACGCAUUCCAGAGAGCUCACACUGGCACGAACUGGGAUCCGAGUACACGUUUUCUCGCGGUUGUACUUGGAGGAGUGAAGCUCUUCUCGGUAGGAUUCAUCUCCAGCGUAGGAACUUUGUCACUCACGAACGCGUACCUGGAUCUUCGGCGGAAACUCAAUCCAGAGCUGGCUCCCAGAGUGACAAACAAGAGAUCUCCGAUCUUCAAGACCGCUGCGGUCUAUGCUACGUUCCUCGGCCUCUCGGCAAACUUGAGAUACCAGAUCGUCGCUGGAGUAGUAGAGCACUGGAUUGCAGAUUAUUUUCUGGCGUCGACGCCUCUCGCUGGAAACAUACUCUCAUUCCUCGCACGAACAGCCAACUCGUACUGGGGAACGCAGCAAUGGGUGGAUCUCGCGAGGAUUUUUGGUUUGCAGGCACACAAAGCGGAAGGAAACACCCCGGAAUGCAGCGAGCCAUCCCAAAAUCUGGAUGCGAUCCCGGUAGAGACGAAGGACGGCAUAGGGGGAGAAAUACUUCCAAACUCAAAAAAUUAGGUCAAAGUUAAUGUUGAGCGACAAAACAGUAUACCAAACUCAAAGAACCUUGACUGAUUCUCACGGACUAAACACCAAAACAAUGCAUUUACGAUAUUCUUGUAAGCUGAUAAAUAUUAAUCCAAAGAACAAGAAUGAGGAAGUU